CAAGGAUGGUCCAUGGGAUGGGGGAUGCCGGCUGCUGGGUCCUGCUCGGGCUCUCCCUGCUCCCCAUCGCCGUGCUGGGCUCCCAGGACGAUGGGAAGGUGAUCCACAUCAGCAGGGUGCAGCACCAGGCGCUGCGCGUGGGGCUGGGGGAGCCCGCGGCCCUGCCCUGCCUCUUCCUGCUCCACCCCUCCGCCUCCCUGGGGCCCAACGAGCCCCCCGACCCGCCCCGCGUCAAAUGGAGCAAGGUGCGCUCGGCCACCGGCCAGAGGGAGGACGCGCCCAUCCUGGUGGCCAAGGACAACGCGGUGAAGGUGGUGAGAGCCUACGAGGGCCGCGUGUCCCUGCCCGGCUACCCCCGUGACCGCUCCAACGCCACGCUGGAGCUGCGCGGGGCCCGCGCCAGCGACUCGGGGCUCUACCGGUGCGAGGUGGUGGCCGGCAUCGAGGACGAGCAGGACCUGCUGCCGCUGGAGGUGACGGGCGUCGUGUUCCACUACCGCCCCGCGGGCCAGCGCUACGCCCUCACCUUCCCCGCCGCCCGCCGCGCCUGCCGGGACAACUCGGCCGUCAUCGCCUCCCCCCGGCACCUCCAGGCCGCCUUCGAGGACGGCUACGACAACUGCGACGCGGGCUGGCUGGGCGACCAGAGCGUGCGGUACCCCAUCACGCUGUCCCGGCCCGGUUGCUAUGGAGACCGCAACAGCCUGCCCGGAGUCCGGAGCUACGGGCGGAGGGAGCCCGAGGAACAGUACGACGUGUACUGCUACGCCCGGGAGCUGAGAGGGACGGUGUUCUACGCCACGGUGCCGGGGAGGUUCACCUGGCAGGGGGCCCGGCGGCACUGCCGGAGCCGGGGGGCCUCGCUGGCCACCACGGGGCAGCUGUACCUGGCGUGGCGGGAGGGGCUGGACCAGUGUGACCCGGGCUGGUUGGCCGACGGCAGCGUCCGCUACCCCAUCAGGGUGCCCCGCAGGAAGUGUGGGGGAGAGGCCCCGGGGGUCAGGACCCUCUACCAGUUCCCCAACCGCACCGGGUUCCCCCCCGCCGCCUCCAGGUUCGACGCCUACUGCUACCAAGCCGCGGGGCAGAGGGAUGUGGAGGAGCCGGUGCCGCCUGUGCCCGACCCGCCGGGCAGCGACAACGUGCUGGUGGAGCACAGCGAGGAGCUGGGCACCUCGGGGGACACCAGGGACACCCCCCACGACCACUAUGAGCUCCUGCCACAGCCGGGGCCCUCGGGGCCAGGCCAGGAGGAGGAGGAGGAGGAGGAGGAGGAGGAGGAGGAGGAUGAGCAGCUGAGGCUGGCAAGCAGCAGCCCCGUGGCCACAGCACAGCGCGGGGACCUCCCGGGGACCGCCCUGGCACCGACAGCUCCCGGGCUGGGGAUGGACGGUGGGACACCCCUGCCACCCCCCACGGCCCCCUCGCUGGCGUGGCCCCAUGAGGAGGAGGCUCUCAAUGUGGUGGAUCAGGCCCUGGAGAGCUCCUGGCGGGACCCGGCCGGUGCCAGCCCAGCGCUGCCGGUGCAAGAAGACCCUGAGGAGCCCCCGGUCACCCUCCUGCCACCUUCCCAAAGCCCAGCCCGGGAGCACAGCACCGGAGCAUCACUGGCACCACCCGGGCUGGGGACGGUCCCCAGCACGGCAGCAGAGACCCCCAGCCUGCCCCCCCCCAGCUCCCACCCCCCGAGGAAGAGCCACGCCGGGCUGAACGGGCGCUACUUCCAGCUCCAGAGGCAGAGCCGGGACCCCACGGUGGCAGCUGGGGACCCCACGGUGGCUGGGGACCCAGUGGGCACAGCCACCCAGGCCCCCGUCCUCGCCCUGGGGGUGAAGGAAGCCGCGGCCAACGCGGUGGAGCCGUGGAACAUCCCCCGAGCCGGCACCGAGAGCCUGCGGCGGGAGGGCCCUGACGUGUCCCCCAACACGCUGGAGGAGGAGAUCGGCCCCGAGCUGAUGGCACCGGCCACCGCCCCGGCGUCGCCCUCGCCGCAGGCGCCGGCCCCGAGGGAUUCCCCGCAGGAAUUGUGGAGCCCCCGCAGUCCCGGGGGGCCUGCGGGAACACCCCCCGUGCCGUCCCCACCCCUGCCUGUCUCCGUGGCUCCCCACGACCCUCUGGGCCGCCGGGACAUCCCCACGGAUGAGGCCCAGCCUCGUGUCCCCAGCGCCCGCGGGGACUCCCCCCGGCCGCCCGCCGAGGUCACCGAGGACUUCUCCGGGGACACCGUGUCCCAGGAGGACGGUGGCUCUGUCCCAGCGUGGCCCCCGCUGCCCCCGGCCCCGCUGGUGGCCGAGGGUCCCGAGCCGGCCCCGCAGCCCCGUGGUGACGGUGACGGCAGCGGGGCCCCGGGGGACACCUCGCUGGAGAGGCAGAGGAAGGCGGUGACCUUCCUGUUCCCAGAUGGCCCCUCCACGGGUCACCCGGGCACCCCCGGCCCCACCGAGGGGGCUGCUCCUCAUGCCCGGGGGGGGCUGAGCCCCACGGCCCCCCACGGGCCGGCUGAGCCCGGCCGGGAGCAGCCAGAGGAAUCCAGGGAUGAUGGGAAAGGCGCAGCCGAGCCCAGCAGUGAAGCGGCCGCGCCCCCGCCGGGUUGGGACGUCCCCUCGCCAUCAACUCCCCCCGCGGCCACCGCGGGGACCCCGUGGGCCAGCUCCGAGGGGCCGGUGGAGGCGGCGGUGCUGGAGCCGGCGGCCGAGGAGGGGUCCACCGGCUUCGCUCCCGCGGCCCCCCAUCCCACCGGCCACGCUGGGCCGGAGCUGGGGGCAGGGGAGCAGCUCCUCCUGCCCCCCCCAGGCCCUCGGCAGCCCCCCCUGGGCUCCCCAGCCCCCCCCAGCCACGAGGAUGCUCCAACAUCCCCCAGCCAGGAGGAUUCCUCCGGGGAGGCAAGGAGGGAAGAGCCUCCCGAGCCCCUCGGCUCUGCCACCCGCGGCCCUUGGUCACCACCCACUGCCCCCCACCCGGGGGUGGAGGGGACCCCCGAGUCCCCCGGCGUGGGGCUGCUCUCCGAGCCCUCCGUGGCAGCGGAGCUGGGGGGCCCGGGGGGGUCCCCGCUGCUGGACGCCGACAGCGGGAGCGGCGAGGGGCCGGGAAUGGAGGAGCGGGAGCUGCUGGCCUGGGGGGGCACCGGCAACGCCACCCGGCACGCCCCGUCGGACCCCUGCGAGAACAACCCCUGCCUGCACGGCGGGACCUGCCGCGCCAACGGCACCGUCUGCGGCUGCAGCUGCGCCCCCGGGUUCACCGGGGAGAACUGCGAGAUCGACAUCGACGACUGCCUGUCCAGCCCCUGCCAGAACGGCGGCACCUGCAUCGACGAGGUGAACUCCUUCGUGUGCCUCUGCCUGCCCAGCUACGGCGGCAGCCGCUGCGAGAAAGACACGCAGGGCUGUGACCACAACUGGCACAAGUUCCAGGGUCACUGCUACCGGUACUUCUCCCGCCGGCGCUCCUGGGAGGACGCGGAGCGGGACUGCCGGCGCCGCGCCGGGCACCUCACCAGCAUCCACUCCCCGGAGGAGCACGGCUUCAUCAACGGUUUUGGGCACGAGAACACCUGGAUCGGGCUCAAUGACAGGAUCGUGGAGCAGGACUUCCAGUGGACCGACAACACGGGCUUGCAAUACGAGAACUGGCGGGAGAACCAACCCGACAACUUCUUCGCGGGGGGCGAGGACUGCGUGGUGCUGGUGUCCCACGAGAUCGGCAAGUGGAACGACGUGCCCUGCAACUACAACCUGCCCUACAUCUGCAAGAAAGGCACAGCCAGGCGGUCGCACCGAGCGCGGCGGCACCGCCGGCACCGGCACAGCCACCCCCACCACCAGCACCACCACCACAAACCCCGCAAGGAGCGGCGAAAACACCGCAAGCACCUCCGGCUGGACUGGAUGGAGGAGGGGCACUACUUCUAGAGCCGGGGGGCCGCCGAGCACAAGGGUCCCCCGCGGGGUGUGGUGACGUUUCCCGCCCCCCUCUCCCACCCCCUUCCCUCGCCCCCCCCCUCUCUUUUAUAACCCCCUUUUGGCUUUAGCUCCUUAGGAUGCCCGGCCCCGUAGGGAAUAGGAUCCGGAGGGGGCGGCUGCGUGUGCGUCCCCAGCCCUCCCUGCAUGCCCAACGCUCAGCCCCCCCCGGCCCGGGGCCGAGCCCCCAGCCCCGCACAGGGACCCCCCCACCCCCGGCUGGGCUCUGGCCCCGUCCCCAAAGUGGGGGUUACCCAGGCAGCCCCCCCGUGUCCCACCCCGGCCGUCCAGUCGGGUGGCUCUGGUUUUUUUAGCAGCCCCCCCUAUUUUCCUUCCCCGGCACCCCGGUCCUGCCCGCGGGGCGGGGACACGGUGCCACCAAGUGCCACCAGGGGCAACCAAGUGCCACCAAGUGCCACCAGGUGCCACCAGGGCCGUGGUCCCGCCCCGCGCCCGCUCUGGGGCCGGUUGGUUCCUCCUGCCCCGUUCCCGCGGUCCCGGUCCCGUUGGAGUUGCGUGUGUGUGUGUGUACGGCGCUUUCUGAUCUCUGCUGUCUGCGACGUGACUGCCGUGUCCCGACCCCCUCCCCAGCCCCGGCCCCCCCCUGCCCCCCGUUUCUGACUCUGCCUUUCUGUACUGCUGGACAUUUUAAUAAAUUUUUUUAACAGUUGAGCGAGUUCCCCGAGCCUGGUGCCCUCCCGGGGGCUGUGGGCACCCCCAAGAAGGUCCCCCCAAGAAGGUCCCCCCGUGUCCUUUUUGCCACCUCUUUUAUCACCACAUGGACUUAACUCGCAGCAAACCCAACCCCUCUCCCGGGGUUCCUGGUGCUCCCCACGAAUCCCCCCGGUGGUGGCUGCCACGUGUGUCCCCAGCGUGGCCACGGAUCCCCCUCGAGCUGGGAAGACGCUGAUGGAUUUAUUGGGGUCCUCCCUGCACCCCAGCCCCCGUCACCCACCCCCGUGGCCCCCGACACCCACCGUGCCCUGCCAGGGCUGUCACAUCCCAGCAGCUCUUUGUUUCCAUCAGCUGGUGAAGGUGAUGGAUGGGCCGUGCUCAGCUGGGCCGGGGUGGGGAGGAAGCCCCCAGCCCCUCUGGGGGACCCCGGGGUCCCCAUCCGUGUCCUGCCACCCCCACGGUGGCUCCUGGGCUGCUCCCUUGGAUCUGGUCCCAACAAAUCCAAGCAGGAUGCCGUUGGGAUGCUCUGAACGUGCUGGGAACAGGGGGGAAGGUGAGGCCGAGCAGCGCCGGGGUCCCCUCGGGCCCGAGACGCCCCUCGGG